AUGGGCUGCACCGCCGCGAAGAUGGAGCACGCAGGGACGGACAACAUCAACGGCGGGGCCGACAUCGAGGUCGAGCCACGCGCGGAGAUCCAGUCGCUCAAGGACGAGAACCAGGCGCUCAAGGACGAGAACCAGGCGCUCAAGGACAAGGUGCAGGCGCUCGAGGCGGAGAAGGCCACCAC